CUGAAGAAUAGUUUCUUGAGGAGAGAAACACGACCCACUUCACCUAAAAAAUGAGACACUCAUUGACACUUGUUGUGGUCAUUCUUUCCCUUUCAUUAUAUUCUGUAAAUGGUUUUUUCUUUGGUGCUGCAGGAGGUGGAGGUGCAUGUGGAUGUGCUCCGAGACCUGCAUGUCCACCUCCACCACCUUCAGGAUGUUCCGGUUCGGGAGUGAGAGCGGUGGCAAGAGGUGCUAAAACUAUGACAUUUGAUCAGCCAAUUUAUUCACCUACUCCUCAAUCUUAUGCACAACCACCACGGGUAUAUUCUGUUCCAGAUGAACUUGACUUGAGAGCUGCUGCAUUUGGAGUGCCGAUUCAGCCACAACCACAGUACACGAUUUUCGACAUUCUGCAUAACUUGGGAGAAAGUAACGACAAUCCAGCACAGCAGUUGGUCGUCGCAGACGGAAGUACGAACACCAACUACUUCCCGAAAGAGAAUGACGAGGAUCUCACUGUAUCCGACAUGACAGGCGAUGGAGGCUUGUAUCGGUCGAAAAAUAUUCGAAGAGCACCUGUAGAGCCAACGGUCCAUGUUCAUCGAGACAGUUCGGUUGAAACCACUACUAUUUCGUCUGAAAUAUCUGGAAUGGAAACGGAUGAAACUCUAGACAAAAAUAAAUGCAGCAGCUCAGUUUUACGAAAACUCAUGAUCGAGAACAUCAGCGACAGCUCUUCGGAAUCUAAAAGAAAUAUCAACCUAGCAGCUGAGGGUAAAUUCGGAGGCAAUGUUGACGUUAUUUGCUCUCGGGGGCACUUUUCCUAUAUCUUCACCUCAAAUCUAUAUUGCGAGGCAACAAGAGGGCUGACAACGUGCAUCGCUUUCCGACAAUCCGACAAAUCUCGACGAAGAAGAUGAAUUAAUCGCUUCUUGCUUGUACAUUUUAAUAAUUUUAAUCAAUUCGCCGUCUUUUCAAUAAAAAUAUUUAUUG